UUGUCAUCUACUUAAUCUAUUGAGUAACCAAUUUUUAGCGCAAAAGCACUCCAAGACAGAUCAAGCACGAACAAUUCUUUUAUUCUAUUUGUCAAGUACCAAGAGUGGUGGAAAAGCACAAAAUCAGCAUGCAGUGGAAAGAUUGUUAUUAUCUAGGCAUAUACAUCCAAAGUUAGUAAUACACUAUUAUAAAUUCCAAGAUAAAAACAGGAAAUUUGGAUACAUUUCAUUAAAAGCACGUUUGGGAAGUAUUUACAAAUAAUUUAACUUAUAAAUAGAUAGAAAUGAAUAGUGAAUAAGUGCGUAGCACUUGUGGAUCCCCCCUAAAUGGGUGGAUAAAAAGUGACUUGAGUGUCUAUGAACAAUUCAUAACAUGAGCCAAACAUAGGCUAAGUAAUAAAGUGUGAAGUAUCGUCCCCUGGGGCAUAGCCCAGUGGUGCAAAGGACAGGAGUGAAGUAGUCUCAACCUUGCUGGCAGCCGUAAUGUGAGGGUUCAAUUCCUGAGAUAUGGAAUUAGACUCUUUGUGGGCACCAGUGUACAGGCAAGCUCUUGUUCCUUGUCCUGCUUAGACACAUCUCGCGAUUUACCUCCCUCACAAUGCUCCAGGGGCGGGGCGAUGGGGGACCCUCAAGGCUGGGGUUCAACCUUUAAUAAAGUGUGAAGUAUUUUCUAGAAGAAUGGCUGAACAAACUAGAAAGCUAUGUUGCUCGGACUCUCCAUUUUUGGCCAAGUAUCCAUGUCGACACGACACGGAUACGGAUACGGGUCGGAUACUCGGCUUUGAACUCGGACACGGCUGGAAAUGGAGGAAUGAAAAUGGCAGCAGCAUUUAACCUGUAAUUGCAAACACGUAGAUAGGGAAGAUGAGGGUUGGAGCUUUGGACGAGACAAAAUUUCUGGUGCAUUAAUUGCUAUUUGAUGAGUUAGUCUCUUUCCCCAUAAAUUGCACCAGAUUUGAAGAUUCUUCCUAUAAUAGGUCAACUCUUGGAAUUGCAAAGGACAUUUGGAAUUGCAAAAGACGUUUUAUCUGCCUUCUUGGAAUUUUUGCACUAGAAAACUCCACAUUUUUCAUCUUCCUCUACAGAAAAUUAUUUUCUUCAAUCGAAAAUUCAAUCAAAAAAUUCCAGAAUAUUGCUUACUCCUAAUUUUCAAGUAUGAAUCCAUCUAACUCUACACUAGAAACACCUCAACGACCCUCAAAUCUUCGUGCAAAUCAAUUCGAUGAUAAGCCACUAUGGAACCAUGUGAAGGUACUGACCGUAGCAUUGAGCGGUGGCGGAAAUCGGACUUGGAGUUGCAACUAUUGCAAUAAAAAAGUGACUGGAUCUUACACUAAAGUGAAGGCUCAUUUGCUAAAACUUCCAAAUCAAGGAGUCGAGUGUUGUAAAGUCAUAACAGAUGACAUUCAUCAAUCAAUCAAAAGGGAACACAAGCAAGUUGAGAGGAAAAAAUUACAAGAUGAGAUUAACGAAAGGAAAAGGGCUGAAUAUGUCUCACUGCCCAGUGAUUCUGAUUUACUGCAACAGAAAAUGAAGAAGAAAAGAGGACAGCUUGGACCUUUAGAAAAGACUUUCAACAUGGCGCAAAGGGACACUGCUGAUAAAGAGGCUGCCAGAAUGUUUUAUGCCAGUGCGUUAUCCUUCAAUUUUGCAAAAUCUCCUUACUUCAGACAGUUUUGUAGAACUUUGGCCAAUAGUAAUGUGGCUGGUUAUACCCCUCCUACUUAUAACCGGCUGCGUACAACAUUGCUUGCACAGGAGAAGGAGAAUAUCAACAGAAAACUUCAGCCUAUUAGAGAUUCAUGGAGGAAAAAGGGAGUGCCUAUUGUUUCUGAUGGCUGGUUGGAUAAACAAAGGAGACCUCUUAUUAAUGUGAUGGGAGCAUCUGCAGGGAGAGCCAUGUUUAUUAAAGCAAUUGAUGCAAGUAGCAAUAUAAAAGAUGGAGAAUACGUGGCAGCAAUGUUUACGGAUGCAAUCAAGCAAAUUGGAAGCUCAAAUGUUGUUCAAAUCAUCACUGACAAUGCUGCCAACUAUAAAUCUGCUGGACUAAGCAUUGAAACAAGUAUUAUAAUGAAGCUUGGCUUCAAGAUGGAAGUAACGGAAUUCAAAGAAUUGCACCACAUGAAGAUGAAGAAGUUUCAAUGAAUAGAAGCAAAUGCUUCAAAAGGUUGUUUGAAAAUCCGGCUGAUUUGAGGAAAGCAUAUGCUGAAUUUGGGUCCUUUUCUACUGGAUCGGAGUAUUACAAUCAACCCCAUGUGAUUGAUGCAAGAAUGUACGAAGAGCCAAUCUCUUGGUGGGCCAAUCAUGGUUCUUCGAUACCUUUGUUGCAAUCUCUGGCAUUUAAAUUGCUCUCGCAACCGGCAUCCUCUUCUUGUUGUGAGCGAAAUUGGAGAACGUAUUCACUCAUCCAGAGUAUCAAGAGAAACAAACUAGCAUCGAGUAGGGCGGAAGACUUGGUAUUUAUUCAUUGUAAUCUUCGACUCCUGUCACGAAAAGAAGAGUACAAAGUGGGCCAACAAAAUAUUGGGAUUUGUGUAUGUAUACAAUAUUCUUAUAUUCUUUGUUUUUUUUAGAUAUCUAAUUUUUUUUACAUUAAUAUUUAUAUAUCUAUAUUUUUUGUAGGCGGGGAUCAAAUUGAAUUGGAUGGACAAGGUAUCAUUGAGAUGGCGGAACUAUCCCUUGAUGAGCCAGAAUUGGAGGCAAUUACGUUUGAUGAAGAAGAGGAGUAGAGCUUGAUUGGGAAUGCUAGUUUAGUUUGAUUUCAAGUGGAAAACUUAUUUUGAAGUUGUAACAUUUUGGAUGUUUAACUUUAUUUUGAAUUAUGCUUUGUUUGAAUUUGGAUUUUUAUCAUUAUAUGAAACAUUUGUAUUGUGGUAAUUUGCCUUUUUGCUUUAA